AUGCAUCUGUUUAUUUACUUCUACCUCCUAAUGAGCUUUUUUGAAGAAGUGCAUGGUUUUUGUCCUUCACAAUGCACUUGCAUUUACCAUGGCAGAAGUGAUGGCACUGGAACAAGGUCUGUGCUCUGUAAUGAUCCUGACAUGUACGAGAUCCCUGUGAAUGUUCCUGUGGAUACUGUAAAACUUCGUAUAGAGAAAACUGUCAUACGAAGGAUUCCAACUGAAGCCUUUUACUACCUAGUAGAUCUCAAAUACCUGUGGGUAACUUACAACUGUGUAGCCAACAUUGAUAUCAGCAGUUUCUAUAACUUGAAGCAACUGCAUGAGCUACGGCUGGAUGGUAAUCUGCUCUCGACUUUCCCUUGGGAAUCACUGGCAGAGAUGCCCAACCUACGGACUCUUGAUUUACACAACAAUAAGGUGACCAGCAUUAUGAGAAACCUCACCUACCUGGACAUAUCCAGCAACAAGCUAACCACAUUGCCAUCAGACUUGAUGGACAUUUGGCCCCCCUUCUCAGAAGCUGUCCUGUCCAAGAACACAGACAUUCUGGCAACCCAGAGAGUAAUUUUGGGUUUGCAGGACAACCCAUGGUUUUGUGACUGUCGCAUUUCAAAGCUAAUCGAAUUUUCCAAAAUUGUGGACAACUCAGUUGUACUUCUUGAUCCAUUGGUUUCAUGUAGUGGACCUGAGAGCCUGGCAGGAGUCUUGUUCCAGAGAGCUGAGUUAGAGCAGUGUCUUAAACCAUCUGUGAUGACGUCGGCAACAAAAAUCACUUCCCCGCUGGGAAGCAACGUUCUGCUACGCUGCGAUGCAACUGGGUACCCAACACCACAGCUUACUUGGACUAGGUCAGACAAUAUACCAGUGAACUAUACAGUAAUUCAAGAAACACCUGGAGAGGGUGUCAGAUGGUCCAUAAUAAGCUUGACAGGGAUUUCAUACAAGGAUGCAGGAGAAUACAGAUGUAAAGCCAAGAACUUAGCAGGAAGGAAGUAUGGAAGGAAACAAGAGGCAGAGAGACAGAGCACCACUCAGGAGGAAUCCAAGCAGGAAGCUGAGAAGACAACCACACCUCUUCCCACCACAUCAACCACCACAGCACUGGUUAGCACUGAAAGAUCAACAAGCAUCAGGUUUACUGACAAGAAGCAAUCCAGGCCUGCCUUCGAUGGAAAGAAAAGUUCAAAGGCAAUGACAAAUGGAAACAAAAAGCAGGCUGGGGAGAUAAGCAAGAAAGGUGAGGAGACAAAGCAGACUAGGGAGAUAAGCAAGAAAGGUGAGGAGACAAAGCAGACUGGGGAGAUAAGCAAGAAAGGUGAGGAGACUUCAUUGAAUACAGCAGGUCUGGCUGAGCAAAAUGUUACUGUAAAAAACCUAAGAGUGAUCAGUGAAACUGAUGAAAGAGUGACCUUAACUUGGAAAACUGUCAAUGCCACAAGCAACUCUGCAGUGACUGUGUUAUACUCAAAGUAUGGUGAGAAAGAUAUGUUGCCUCUGAGCACUGAUUCUAGCAAAAGCAAAGUCACAAUUGAUGGUUUGGAACCUAGUACUCAAUAUAUGGCAUGUGUCUCACCUAAAGGAGUGCCACCUACAAAAGAGCAGUGCAUUAUUUUCUCCACUGAUAGGUUAAAUGAUGAAAACAGCUCUCAGUUUUCUAUUCUGAUAUUGGCCAGCAGUGCAGCAUGUGUGGUUGUUUUACCUUUGAUAUUUUUCUUACUCUACAAAGUUUUAAAACUUCAUGUGAAACCAAAAACUGCAAAGGAAGCUGACCUGUCAAAAGAGACCUACGUGAAAUUUGAAACACUAUCUCUGAAGCCUCGAACAGUAAAUGCAGGAGAGCAGCGCUGGGCACGAAGGUACACAGAUGACUCGGAAAGACUUCUCCUUUGUUCUAGGUCAAGCAUGGAUUCUCAAAUGACCUUCAAAAGUGAGGGCUCUAGGUCUGAGUAUCUGUGCUGA